AUGCGAUUUGGCAAGACUCUGCGAGACGGCGUCUACGCCCCAUGGAAGGACAAAUACAUUGACUAUGGCAAGCUCAAGGCACUGCUUCGCGAGGACAAGUUUGACGACGACACUGUGCCGUGGACCGAGGAGGAUGAGAAGCGCUUUUCCGACGAGAUCUUCAAUGUCCAACUCGAGAAGGUCGCCCGCUUCCAGCAGGAGCGUGUCGACGCUCUCAAGCAGCGUGUCGGCACCGCCUUUGAGAAGUUGAAGGAGCUGUCGCCGGCCGAGGGCGACAAGCCUGCCACACGCACGGAGGAAGAGGCGUCCAGGUUGAAGGAGCUGGAGAGGGAGCUUGACAACAUCACCAACGAAGUCAAGGAGCUCAAGAAGUACAGCAGCAUCAACUACACUGGAUUCUUGAAGAUUGUCAAGAAGCACGACCGCAAGCGAGGAGAUCGAUACAAGGUCCGUCCCAUGAUGCAGCUCAGCCUGUCGCAGCGACCUUUCAACUCGGAGCAGGGCUACUCGCCCCUGCUGAACAAGCUGUCCAUCAUGUACUUUGCCAUCAGACAACAGCUCGAGGGUGCCUCUGCCGAGCAGACCGUGCCGGAUCUGGACACCCGCGGAGAGACGCACAAUGGAGAGCGCUACGUCUCCCACAAGUUCUGGGUGCAUCCCGACAACUUGCUCGAGGUCCAGACGUUGAUUCUUCGCCGACUUCCCGCUCUCGUGUACAGCGAUCAGGCGGCCAAGGAGGUCGACGGCAACGACUCGCCCGCCAUUACCUCGCUCUAUUUCGACAACAACAAGUUUGAACUCUACUCGGACAAAGUAGACCGCCAUUCCGAGACGUCUUCCCUCCGACUGCGUUGGUAUGGUCAGCUGAAUACCCGGCCCGAGAUAUUCGUGGAGCAGAAGGCCGCCGAUGCGUCUGGUAACAGUGAAGAGCACAAGUUCAUCAUCAAGGAUAAGUAUGUCAAGCCGUUUAUUGACGGCGACUAUACCAUGGACAAGGCCCUGCAAAAGAUGGAGCGCCAAGGACAGCCCGAGGAGAAGAUUGAAAGCUACAAGGCAACCGUGGCCAAGAUUCAGAGCUUUCUCAAGGAGAAGCAUCUGUCUCCGAUUCUGAGAGCAAACUACGCCCGAACGGCCUUUCAGAAGCCUCUGGAUGACCGCGUCCGCAUCUCCAUUGAUACGAAUCUCGCCUUCAUUCGGGAAGACACUCUCGACCCUGAACGUCCGUGUCGCGACCCGAAUGACUGGCACCGAGUGGAUAUUGACAACAGCAGCAUGACGUACCCGUUCCGAAACAUCAACCAGAGCGAAGUUUCCAAGUUCCCAUUCGCUGUGCUCGACAUCAAGCUCAAGGACGACGGCAAUCGUAAGCGACCUGCCUGGAUCGAGGAUCUCAUGGGCUCACAUCUCGUUUACGCUGCACCGAGAUUCUCCAAGUUUGUGCACGGUGUAGCCUCGCUGUUCGAGGACCACGUGAACAACUUGCCUCUCUGGCUCAUAGAUCUCGAGACGGACAUUCGCAAGGAUCCCCAGACGGCGUUUGAACAAGAGGAGCAGAGACGGGCCCAGAAGGCCGACGACGCAAUGGCGGUGGGCAGCUUGAUUGGCACGGUGCCCAGCUCGUACAGGGCUGCGCAGAGCUCGCCGGUGGGCAAGUCGUAUCUGGCCGACAGAAUGGCUGCCGAUUCCAAGGCAGCCCUGUCGACUUCCCUCCGAAGGAGGAGCGGCAUUGCCAAUGGCGAAGAAGAGGGCGAAUCCAGCAACUCCCGGCAGCAGCUCCAAGGACAAACGCGGAGCGGCGGAGGCUACGGCACCUUGUCGUCCGUGCUUCCCGGUCUCUCCUUGUCCAAGUACGCCAAGGCCAAACGUGCCCAAAAGGCACGGCUCCCCGAGGGUGUCGUCGAGCCGAAGCAAUGGAUCAAAAACAUGGGCGAGCUCAAGGUCGAACCCAAGGUGUGGCUGGCAAACGAGAGAACGUUCCUCAAGUGGCAAAACAUUGCCAUUCUCCAGGGCAGUCUAGCCCUGGCGCUGUACACGGCAGCAGGGGAGAGCCUACUAGCAGAGAUGAUGGGCAUUGCCUACGUGACGAUUGCGGCAUUUGCAGGAUUUUGGGGCUACUACAUGCACCAGGUUCGGAGAGGCAUGAUUGUGGAGCGAAGCGGAAAGGACUUUGACAACAUGCUUGGGCCAAUGAUGAUCAGCGUCGCGCUGAUGGCGGCGCUUGUCGUGAAUUUUGUUUUGCAGGUGAGCAUUCUGCCUGGAAUCAAUCACAUGGAGCGCCGCCGCACACGGGGUGGCAGGCGAGGAGCCGUGCAGGGCAGCAGCCAGCCAGCCGACUUGACUGACCACGAUGCUGUACAGUACCAGAAGGCGUUUUCGAAGUGGCGCGGCGGCCACAACAGCACCGACGCGGUGUCGGAAGAGUUGAGGUGA